AAGAGGAAGGCAGAGGAGCAGCUCACUUGCACCUGCGUCACAUGCCCCAGGUAACUAGCUCGCUAGUGCUUGAUCUUAGCGCUUUUCUUUGUUUGUUUGGUCCUCAAGGAAUUUGGUGCAGGGCUGCAGAUGAUGGAAGACAUCCUCUCGCUCAGAGAGGCCAAAUUUCCAAAUUGCAUCUGGCCGAGGUCUUGUCGUCUUUCCACUGAUGGGGACAGGUCACAGGGGUCGGAGGUCAUCAUGAACGAGCGUCACGACGGCAGCCAGGAGACGCUGGUGGGGGUCACCUCCUGUUUCCAAACGCUGGUGCACCUCACUUCCUGUUUCCAGCAGUUGGCGGCAUCGCUGGGAAGCUUGGCCGAUUGUGCUUUCCUGAGGAGCGAGAUGGCACACGCCAGGACGCUGGCCGCAGACGUCGCCAACGGUUUGUCCCGCCAUCUCAUGCAUCUUCUAUCUGACUGCGACUCGGGCCCGCCGGGUGCCGGUGCUUCGGCGGAGCGGCAAGCACUGGAGCGCGUGUGGGUCCACUUCCUGGCCGCCGCAGAGAACUUCCUGCGGGACCUGCGCAAGGCCGCCGACCUGAUCGGACGCUUCCCGCUGGGCCAGCAAAAGGACCGGCGUGCACUGAUCAACGCAGGCUGUCUGGACGGCAUGACGGGUGUGACCGAGAGGACGGGCUCUGUUCAGCCACCCCGGUUGGACUCCGACGAAGAAGACCUCCACUGGGGCGCGGGCCUUCAGCAACACCUCAGCCGACUGGAGGCCAUGAUUAGCGACAUGCAGCUCAGGGUGCCAGUGGCGUUCUGGUCGGUGGAAACCACGCAGCCGUCGUGCGGCGAAGUCUCGGACGAGGCCGAAGAUGGCCUGGAGAAGGCUGGCGCCGCCGAGCCAUCCAUCUGCUGCUGGCCGCCCACACGUUCGGGCUUUGGCUGCGCCUGGUCGUAACCGUCGCUACAUUUGCAACUUGAGUGCGGUUUUAUUCAAUCAGGCUUUCGACUCCUCAAGCUAUCAUAACCUCUGGCGUCCCCUAGUGCUGUAAGAGAUCAUCAGGUGUGGUGAUCCAAUAUCACUUAUUUGGAUGAAAGACAAAAAUGUGUUUGCUUGUUAUUUGUCCAUGCCAAUGAUGUCUUGUAAGAAGCACAAAAAUGAAAUGCAGUGACAUUAUUAGCCUGUGUUUAUUCAAUUUUGGUGAGAUUUCUUUUUCAAAUGUGAAAUAAUUGCAGCUAUGGGGUCAUACAUAGUUCGUGUAAAUUUUCAAGAAUUGAAAUUGUACGAUUAUUUGCUGUUCCAGAAGCGGCUCAGCUGAAAAAUACUUUUUUUUUAAAAUAAAUAAAAUGUAUA